AUGGGUUAUAAAGAUAUAAAAGAUAUAGAAGAUGCAAUAAAUGAUGCAAUAAAUGAUGCUGAUGAAAAAGGUCAACUUGAAGUAGUAGUAAAAAAUUUACUUGAAUUAGGAUAUAAAUGUACAGAAGAUGUAAUAUAUGAUUAUGAUUGGGCAAUUAAUGAUGCUGCAAAAAAAGGAAACCUUGAAUUAUUAAAAUACUUGCAUGAAUUAGGGUAUAAAGGAAAUGAAUGGACAAUUAGUUAUGCUGCUGAAAGUGGAAAUUUAGAUAUGAUUAAAUAUUUACAUUCAUUAGGUUAUAAAGGAGAUGAACAUACAAUUUAUUCUGCUGUUGAAAGUGGAAAUAUUGAAAUUAUUAAAUAUUUACAUUCGUUAAGAUAUAAAGGUGAUGAAAGUGCAUUUAAUUGUGCAGUAAAUAACCAGAUAUGCUCAGAAUCAGCAUCAGAUAGUGAAAAGAGUACAGAAGAUGUACAAAAAUAUUUACAAUCAUUAGGUUAUAAAGGUAUAAAAAAAGUAAUAGAUAAUGCUGUAAAAGAAGGCCAACUUGAAGUACUAAAAUAUUUACAUGAAAUAGGUUAUAAAGGAGAUGAAUGGACAAUUCAUUAUGCUGCAGAAAAUGGUCACCUUAAAGUAUUAAAAUAUUUGCAUGAAUUAGGGUAUGAAUGUUACGAUUGUGUAAUUCAUAAUGUUGCAGUAAAUGGUCAUCUUGAAGUAAUUAAAUAUUUAAAUGAAUUAGGGUAUAAAGUAGAUGAAUGGGCAAUUGAUUAUGCUGCAGGAAGUUAUAAAGGAGAUGAAUGGACAAUUACUCGUGCUGCUCAAAAUGGUCAUCUUGAAGUAAUUAAAUAUUUACAUUCUAUUGGAUAUAAAGGAACAGAAGAUGCAAUUAAUUAUGCUGCAGUAAAUGGUCAUCUUGAAGUAUUAAAAUAUUUGCAUGAAUUAGGGUAUAGAGGAACAGAAUUGGCAAUUGAUAAUGCUGCAGGAAGUGGUCACCUUGAAAUAGUUAAAUAUUUACAUGAAUUAGGUUAUAAAGGAGAUGAAUGGGCAAUUGAUUACCUUGAAAUUAUUAAUUAUUUACAUGAAUUAGGGUAUGGAUUCAUUUUAUAA